CUUGUGUUUGCGAUAUGACGUCCCACUUCAUGCCCGCUCCACGGCGAUCAUACAGACGGAAGGAAAGAGAUUAGCGUAGCAAAAACAAGUUCGAAUUCGGGCUUUGUGUUAUCAGUGGCCAGGACUGCAGUGGUUCGGGUUUUUUAGUUGAAAAAGGAAUUAGUCGUGUUAAUUAUCUGAUAACGAGCAAAGAAGUGAUAUCAACAGAUGAUAUCGGUGAUCGUAAAUCCAUGAGAAAGUAUCUCUUAAAAUUUCGGGAGUCAGUGAAAUCCCCAGUGAAGUUAGCAGAAGUUUCAUUACACGAAAUUUCAAAGUUAUCGACAAGUCAAGAGCCUGCAGUCGACACUCCUGAGAUAAUCUUCAUCCGGCUGAGAAGUAAAAGUAGAAAAUUCCGAGAACAACUAAAAGGAAGACCUUUUAGCUAUGUAGAGCAGGACUUACAAAAUGCUGAUAACUUGUAUUUUACCUUUGUGGAGAUUUCAGAGGAUAAUUUUGUGAAAAGGUUAAGUAUUAAUCAAGAUGACUCACGAGAGUAUACGGUCGACGAAGAAGAUGGUAGUCGUCACACUCAUUAUGGGUCACUUGAGGCAGUAAAUCCAGAACGUAGACUUUUUGGUGGAGCCAUCCUUAAAAACCCUCAAGGCAGUUGUGAAUGUGUUGGAAUGCUUGAUUUCAAAGACGAUGAAGCGAAGACCCUAUCGCCUGUUUUCUUCUCUAAUUUACAAACUAGAGAAUGCUUGAAUUCACAGACGAGGAAGCAAAGACGCUAUCGCCUGGUUUCUUCUCUCGCUUACGACGUAGAGCUGGACAAUGUUUUAGUGGUCAGAGAAACUCAAAUCCACAGCAAGGAAGGACACGUUUGCCUGGAGAGGACGAGGAUCAAUCUGUAGCGGUCAGGGAAACAUCGGUGUAGGGAUUGUCUUCCAAAGCCGGACAAGAAGUUUAGUGACACGGUGAGUUCAUUACAUAAAGCAACCCCUCACUCACUUCUUAUGCUACCUUUUCCAUACUUUUCUCUUUUCUCGUCGUCUUCGGUGGGUACCCAAUACUUUCAAUUUCAAUGUUCUCUUUUCAGCCAUCAAUGAGAGAUUUUACCCAUUUGUCAGCCUCAAUCUGAUGCACUCACUUUACGUAAUUUAUAGCCCAAAUAAAGUCGCCCUGGUGGCACGGUCCGUAUUAAGACUUUUCAGUGGGAUAGAGCCGGACGUAAGCUACAAAAAAUGUAGCUGUUCAGUUUAAAUAUGACUUGGCAAUGGGAUCAACUGUAAAUGUGUGGGGUUAAACUUUCCGGGAUACCUGUGACCUGCAGUUCAAAAUACUGCUGGCUCAAUGCACGCAUCAGGUAUCAUAAUUCAAUGUUGUAAAUUUUGUAUCGAGAGUAGAUUCAUUUAAAACAUGUAGUUAGGGAAUUGUAGAUAUUUUACACACAGACAGCAAUUAAAUACACAUAGAGAUCUUAAGAAUAUUCCAAAAUAGUUACCUGAGAGAUCAACAAUAUGCUGAUAUAAUUCAAGUGUAAUCUUCAAAUAACAAACGUCGAGGCAGGUCAACACUGCGAUUUUCCCGUCAAUUUCUUGGCGACAUGCUUCUCUAAAAGCGCGAAAUCUUUUCUCUGUGGUUUUCUGAGUGGAAAUGACGGAUCAAAAAGGAACAUUUAAAUUGUUUAAUGUUAGGAGGAGAUAUUCGACAUCAAAAUAAUUAAAUAUUUGAAUAGAAUGACAAAAUAAUUGGAUAUUAAAUUGAAGUCAUUUCUCUUCAGCCUAUAUCUAUAUGUUACAAAAUAUUUUGAAAUAAGUCAAGGGUUCACAGCCACAAUUUAUUUUGUUUCUCUCGUAAAAUUUUAAGUUUCUUCUCUUGUAAAGAAUCAUCGUUUGAUUGAAACGAUAGUGCUCGUUGGUGUAUAAUUUUAAACUCAACAAAGUAUUUUUUUGCAUACGAGCGUUAUUUUUAACGAUGGGUUAAAGUUGUGUAACAGCUGUGGCAGGUAUCCUAAGUAUUUUUUUGGAGAUAAUUGUAUAAAUUUCUUGUUAUUUUGUGAUUUAUGGCCACUUGCAAUGUUUAGGGGUUCUCGAAAUACACUAGUCUACAGCUUUUGAGAUUUUUCUUAUUUUUUUUUGCCUCAAAACUCGGCUGUAUCUAUAAAUCACGAAAUAACUCCUAGAUAUACAUUUCUGUCUCUCUCAGCGUCAUUUUAGCCCGAGGCUCUAGGCGAGCGUUGAAAUGACUCUUUAAAAGGGCCCGAAACAUAUUUAUGCCACAAAACUUAAACCCUUUUACAACUAUUAUCGCUUUGAGGGCAUUGAUAAAGUAGAAACUGAAAAAGAAACAGUUUAAACAAUCACGCGAACGUCAAAUAAUUUUCGCCUGCCAAAAUCUCCAUUUUAGCGAGCAAAAUGCUGCACAAUGCCCGACAAAGUGAUAUCAAUGAUUUCUUUCAUUUGCUGUAAUUUCCAGUGGUCGAUUUCGGCUUCAAUUGAUCAAAACACAAAUGACUGUAUUUAAGGGAGCACCAGUGAUGACGGAAAGAACCCAAGAACCCGCCCUCUGACUGUCAAUGAAUCUGAAGCUAAAUUAUAACAUAACCAAAAUAAAGCGCGCGCUCUGAUUGGUCAAUUUAGCGUCCCC